AUGUUUUUCAAACAACUGCUCAUCGCUUCGCUUCUUCUUGGAAUCGUCUUGGCGGACACCAGUAAACCAUAUAAUACAUGGACCCAAGAAGAAAAGGACGCCGCCAAUACUGUCGUCAUCGUCUGCAUCUUCGUCGGAGUGCUCAUCUGUCUGUCGGCAAUUGGAGCUGGAGGAUUCUUCUACAUGAUGAGGAAGAACAACAACAAUCAAGGAGGACAAGUCAUGGUUGUGCGCUAG